AUGUGCUCCGUGCUGAGGCAGAACGGGCCACAUCAUCCAUCCAUAUUAGCAUAUGACAUCAAGAAAUACCAAAAGGUUUGUUGCAGCUGCACACACGCUUAUCGGUUGCCCUCAACGUCCAUCAGCACCCUCACACCAUGGGAUGUUGAGCAAGGUACACUGUUUGAGGGACUUCACAGUCAAUGCAGGUUCCAGUGGGUCAAUCAAGGGAAACAGUUUGUCUCAAUAGCCUCAAACAACGGGCUGAGGAUGCAGUGGCAGAGUUUGCAUCAUUUAUCAAGUGAUUGGACUUGCACCAGCGGGAUCAAUACCUUAGAGUGGAAUAUCUCGCAAGUAUAGCCAAAAAAAAAAACAUCCAUGAAGGCACACUCUUGCAUCCAAUUGACAUGCCUUUUGUGGUGCCACCUGCUGGUGAAGAAGCAUUCUCCCUUAGCCAUGCUGGCGGGGAGUUUGAGGCAUAUACAGCAUCAACAAGACUGUUUAAUGCCGCUUCCCAUCAGUAGUAGACCAGGCAAAGAUCAUUUUUCUAUUGAAGUAAUUGAUGU